CCCGGCAGGCAGCUGCCCUCUGCCCUGGGGAAGAGGCUGCGCUGCGCUCCAGGGGCGCCCAGGGUGUGACCCGGCCGCGCGGAGCAGGGACGGUGAGGCUGGGCCGCACGGACAGCGCCUUUCUCCGCGCCCCCGUGGAGGGGCACAGCCCUGGGCUCUCCCGGCCGGUGGGCCGGCUGGUGCUUGGCCUCUAGGAGCCGACCACGUGCCCUUGAGGGUGGCAGGCGAUCUCGGGGCCGCAGCGAGGCCUCGCCACCUGCGGUGCCCGCCGUCCUCGGGCGUGGCUUGGGGCGCUGGGCCGGGGAGGGGGCCAGGGCCUCGCCUCACCGCAGGGGCCCUUCUUGCAGCUGCACGGUCACCGGCUUCUCGGCCCGAGCCAUGAAUCUCAGCAGCACCAGCAGCACGGCCGAAAAGACAGUGACGACCGUGCUCUGGGGCUGUGAGCUCAGUCAGGAGAAGCGGACUUGGACCUUCAAGCCCCAGAUGGAGGGCAAGCCCGACUGCAAGCUGCGGCUUCACGCGAUUUGCCUGGGGGAGAAAGCCAAGGAGGAGCUGAACCGCGUGGAGAUCCUGCCGCUCUCCAACCUGGAGGACAAGAAGGCGCAGCCGGUCACCAUCGCCUCGCUGCAGGCCUCCGUCCUGCCCAUGGUCACCAUGAUGAGAUUCGAGCUUUCUCCUCCAGUCACUUUUCAGCUCCGGGCUGGCUCAGGACCCGUGUUCCUAAGCGGCCAGGAGUGUUAUGAAACUUCAGACCUCACCUGGGACGAGGAAGAAUCGGAGGAAGAAGAAGCGGAGGAGGAAGAGGAGGAGGAAGAAGAGGAUGAGGAUGAAGACAUAGACAUAUCGGUGGAGGAGGACACCCCUGUCAAACAUGCCAAAAGGCCAUCAUCGAGCCAGAAGCAGAUGAGCGUUGCCAAGAAGAAAAAGCUGGAAAAGGAAGAAGAGGCAGCAAGACCCAGCGCCAGAGACAAGAGCCCGAUGAGGAAGGCCAAACCCACGCUCAAACCCAAGAAGCCAGGGUCUAAGAAAUGAAGAGCCCGGGCCUGUGAGACCAUGGUGCAAAGCUGUCCCUCCGCCCACCCCCCUCCCUUCUGAGCCUGAAUGUGACAGGGGUGUUGUGGGGGUGACAGCAGAGCCUCUCACCCCAACUCCCCUGUUGCACAAGAGGCCUUGGGGAGAAGAGCCCAACCUCAGGGCCACAAUAAAGUUUGCUUUGUCAGGACGCUUGCUGCUCCUUGUCCCUGGGUUGGCCCCCCCGCCGGCUGCACCAGCCCGAGUGCCCAGCAGAGGGCGGCCAUGAGCCAGCACACCUGGGCCCUGAGAUCCCGCGGUGUCCCCAGCCCUGACACCUGAGGCUGCUGUGUCCUCCUCCUGCCCCUGGCACCCCAGCCCCUAGCUUUGAGGGAGGGACCAAGCAUCCGGGCCCUGUGCUGAGCUGUGUGUCGUGGCAUGGGUCUUCCUGCCACCCACACUCCAUCUGGGCUGGGCACACAGGUCCAGAACUUCAGGGCUUCCGCUGCCCGGGCCACCAGGGAGGGCCUCGCCUAGGGGGCCAGCAUGAGGCGUGUCUGUUGGGAACUUGGGGGCACCCACACGCCCAGCUUGCUUCUGGUGGGGGCCGGCUCUUGCUCACACGGACCUCACGCGUGUAAAGGUCUGUGGCAGGCGGGGUCCGGAGUCCUGCACCCUCAAGGGGGCCCUUCGCAGAGGGGUAGACAAGGUGAGUGUGCAGAGGUGCUGCCCCUCGUGCCCCCCUAGACAGGGCUCAGUCACCUGUCGGGUGGGUCCAGUCGAGGACUGGGAAAGGGGCUGCAGGACCCGCUGCGUGGCUCUGGCCUCCUGCCCUCCCCAGCAGGUGGCUUUGCAGCCCUGUUCACCGUGGGUGACCUUGGCUCAGUCCCUGAAGCAGGCAGACACACAGAUGGCCCCCCACUUGGGAUCCUACAUGCAGGGCCUGUGCUGGGCCUUUCCUUGCCCCUGCCUGGCACCCCCAGGCGUGGAUCCCAGGAGGUCAGAGGUCUCGGAGCACACGCACGGGAAGGUCGGCCCGGCUCUGGCUUCCUGUUCAGCCGUAGCUUCUCGAGGCCAGGGACAGAGGCAGAAGAGGGCAGGGUGGCAUUUUUGCCAAUUCCUCACCCUCAAGUCGCUUACAGUCUAGUGGAAACACGGAAGCCAAUGCCAUGACUUCAGUGACCAAGUGAUCAAGUGCUUUGAAGGAAGUAGAACGGGCUAAUUCCUGGGGGAGCACUGUUCAGUGAGGGGGUCUGAGGGCUCCCUCAGAGGAGGUGAUGGACAGGAAGGGGCAUCAGGCUACGUGAGGAGCUGGCAGAAGGACGCUCCUGGGAAUGGGAACAGGAACAGGGCAUGCAAAGGGCCUGAGGCACGCAGGAGCUUGGAGGGUCUGGGCAGAGAGGAGGCUGAUCCGACCGCAGCGGUGCAGGCUGAGCGGGCCCUGCCCCACCUCUCAGAUUAGGAAAGUGAGGCACAGGGGCUAGACAACCUGCUCCCAGGUCUCGGUGCUUGGUGCCCUGACCCUCUGUUUUUCCACAGGAAAAGGGUGGGCUGGGGCUGAAGCAGGUGGUGACAAGUGGCAGGUCUGUAGGUGGGCUCUGCGUUCACACCAGCGGGGCUGUUAGGAGGAGCAGGCGUGAGACAGCCCCAGCUGGGGAGUGUUGAACUUGGCACUAGGGGGUGGGGAUUCAGCACA